UACAUCUCGUCAGGAUGCAGGAACUUACCAAUGCACGGCAGACAAUGGUGUAGCUCCCUUAGGAGUGGGGACUGUGACAUUAGAGGUUUUGUACCCACCGCUGAUUGACCCCUCUAUGGACGACAAAGUGACCGCCCUUUCAGAGGAUGAUGACUUCUCCCUGAACUGUCUGGUGGACGGAAAUCCAAAACCGAAAGUAACAUGGCGGCGGAAGAAUACAAAGUUGUACUGGAAAAACCCUCUCCGGUUCCACCGUGUGCGCUAUGAUGUAGAAGGAAUGUAUCAGUGCGUAGCAACAAGUGAUGGAUUCCUUGACAAGACAAAGGAUGUUUUCAUCGAUGUUGUGGGCAAACCCUAUAUGGAAGGAGAAGGCGAGACGGCGAUGGUAUCUGCUGAUACCGGGGAAACAGUGCGACUUGCUUGUACUGUUGCAGCCGAUCCUUUGCCAUCUCGUGUCCAGUGGAUAUGGCGAAAUAAUUACGGGUUUGAAACCGAGCUAGAUAGUGCUGAUUUCCGUAUUGUCACAACCAGACGGAACCAGGAAAUGACGUCGUCACUGACCAUACAGAAUGUGGCUGUGAAGGAUGGUGGAAGCUACAUCUGCGAGACGACCAACAUGUUCGGGACUGUCAAGCGAAACAUACACUUGGAGAUCAAAGAAUCCAUUCCGAAGACUGUCGUGAUCCCAGCUAUCACUGGUGGAGUGGUUCUUCUGGUGACAGUCGCUGUGGUGGUUAUUAUAAUCAUCUGCAAGAAGAAGGGAUUGAUGUGCAAGUCUUAUCAAGAUGGUAUUUAUCUACUUAUAUAA